CGAUGAAGAGAGCAUUCGGAGGGCCCGAAUAGUCAGCCCCAGCGAUACCGUAAAAAUAUCAACGCUAAUUCCUAGACACAUCAGAUCAUCCUGGCGGAAGUGCAAGGUUGGAUGUCUCUCCGCCACGAAAAUAUAUUGCCUAUCUACGGUACUACAACGGGGUUCGGUUCUAGCCUUCCCUGCUUGGUAUCGCCUUGGACGGAGAAUGGAUCCUUGAGCAGCUACCUGAGCGCCAGGGGUCAAACUCUCUCAAGCACUGCAAAGCUUUCACUGCUAUCUCAUAUCGCAGAUGGGCUCCACUUUCGUAAUUCAUUGCAAAAACAUAAUCCAUGGCAAUCUCAGUAGUAAUAAUGUUUUAAUUGACAGUCACCACACCGUCCGUCUUACGGACUAUGGACUGUCUUCAGUCGUAUCUACGUGUGGCGAUCUCUUUCAGUCCUAUCAUUGCGGUGCUUUGCGCUGGACGCCUCCAGAACUGAUCAGCGACGAUGACCAGGAGGCCGGUAAUGUGUCAAGUUGUUACAGCGAUAUCUAUUCUUUCGGAUGUGUCGUGUUCCAUGUACUCUCUGGAAAGUUACCGUACUGGUGGCUGGAUGAUGUUUUACGCGUUGUCUCUGCGAGACACAAGGGGGUGGAUCCACUUGGUCCCGGAACGGAGAUGGAUGGGGGUUAUGUGAAAUUCGUCCAGCGCUGUUUGUCCGUAUCUCCUACGGACCGUCCGACGAUAGAUCAAAUUAAAGCUUUCGUCGCGAGAUCGAUGUAGUGUCCUGUAAAGCAGAGCUAUGUCUGCCAUCUGACACAAAAUAUCGCAGGGAACC